CCCCCAGGGGCGGGGCAAGCGGGGCCCAAGAUGGCCGCUCUCCGCUACCGUCGUUUCCUUAAGCUCUGUGAGGAAUGGCCAGUGGACGAGACCAAACGGGGCCGGGACUUGGGCGCUUACCUGCGGCAGCGGGUAGCACAGGCCUUUCGGGAGGGAGAGAACACCCAGAUUGCAGAACCUGAGGCCUGUGAUCAGAUGUACGAAAGCUUAGCACGACUGCAUUCAAACUACUACAAACACAAGUACCCUCGCCCCAGAGACACCAGCUUCAGUGGCCUGUCUGUGGAAGAGUACAAGCUGAUCCUGUCCACAGACACUUUGGAUGAGAUUCAAGAGAUAAAUAAGAGCAUGUGGAAGAAACUGCAGGAGAAGUUUGCACCCACAAGGCCAGAGGAGAAGCAUAAAAUGUGGGCCAGGGCCUUGUCCCGCCCACGCACCUGAUGCGGGACCUUCUGAUGCUCAUCAAUAAAACUGCCUCGUUUCUCCCA